AGGGAUGGCAGAGAAGCAGAUGACACUGAGGAGCUAUGUGGGCGUGGGCGUGCACUGUCAGCAGGGAUGGUGAACACCAAGCUUGCUGUCUUCAGUCCUGUCAGCAAGUCUAAGUCAGUGGAGUGUCUGCAGUACUCGGAGGAGCAGAGGGACGGAGAACCACUGUCACCAGUCAGCAAGUUCCGCCAGCACAGCCUCGCUUCCACAAACUCCUUAGACAUGCUCGAUGACGACCAUGACCACCUAUCAGACUCCCAACGCUUCUUCACACUCAAGCGUGGAGUGUUCCUGGAGUUCACACUGCAGUGGGCAAGCAGCACCAGCUGUCUCAGUGUGUAUGUGGUUCGUCUAAACAGCCUGCCUCCCAAGUAUCACAAGAGUAGCUGCACUCUCACCCUUACACUCACCAGUCCACCUAACAGGGAGGGAGGGGCGGUCGUCACCAUCACCAAAACCUCACCCCGCCUCAGGAAUGCUACUCUCAACCCAGAGUGCAACUACCUAUUCUCCUACCCAGAGGUAUCAGUGGAGCAGCUUCGGCAGAGUAUGCUGGUGUUCGGGCUGCAGGUGCGGCGAAGCAAGCACCUCCUCAACAAACAGGUGGGGGAGCUGCGCUAUGCCCUGGGUGAAGCCAACCUCCAGCCAGACACACCACGCACUGUCACCAAGCCCAUCAUGCUCAAAAAGAAGGAGUCAAGUCCCUGGGCAAGUGUCAGCAGUGGAGCUGGCAGUGAGGCAGUGUGGGGGCAAGUGCAGGUGGCCGUCCAGUACCAGGUGACAGGCACCUGGCAGGCACGGAUAAAGGUGGUCCUCCUCCGAGCUCAGAGUGCCCCUCAUCAUAAGAUAUACGAGAGACCAGCUGACCUUACUGAUGAGGACACUCUGACUCGGAGGAGGACCACCUUUAUCCGUGCCUGCCAGGUGCCUGUCACCUGGUACUGGACGGCCACCUGCACUUGCCCCCACACUGCCUCACUGCCAGCUCCACUGCUGACACUUGCCCAGGGACUUGACUCCUACAAAAGCAGGAACACAAGUACAGUAAUCAUGCUAUAUGAAUCUUGUCUAGUGCUGAAACUGAUGAAAUUACAGGUGCUCCUCGAGUUACAAUUGGGUUACAUUCCGAUGAACCCAUCGAGGAGAGGGGGACGGGGAACCACUGCACCCGUCAGCAAGUUCCGCCCGCAAGCUCGCUUCCCAAACUCCUUAGACUGCUCGAUGCGACCAGACAAAUAUCAGCUCCAACGCUUCUUCCCACUAAGGUAA